AUGGGAGUAGAAAGGUUAUCGAGUGGUAAGGGUCUGAAACAGAUGCUAAAGAGAUGUUCGAGUUUGGGGAAGAAGAGCAACGUCCAAGUCAACGUUCACUUUAACGGCGUCCCCAAAGGUCACUUCGUCGUCUAUGUUGGUCACUCUAGAACUCGACACGUCAUCCCCAUCUCCUUCCUCACGCACCCCAUCUUCCAGAUGUUGCUGCAACAAUCUGAGGAAGAGUUUGGGUUCUACCAAGACAAUGGCCUAACCAUUCCUUGUGAUGAACACUUCUUUGGCAAUCUCAUCUCCUCCAUUAAUAAUCCGUGA